AUGUCGACUUCGGCCUCAGCGAUUCAGUCGGGCCUCGAGCGGGCACGGCUGCUUGAGCACCUGGUGUGGCAGCAGUUCGGCGGAGCGGUCGGGGAAAUCGCCUUGAUCCUCCUCUCCCGCGGCGCUCUUUCCUUUCCUCAGCUCAUCAAGCUCACCUCUCUCCCACCCGCACUCGUCCACUCGUCCCUCCUCGUCCUCUCAACCCACACCCUCCUCUUCCACUCCGAAACCGAAGUUGGCGGUCGCCUCACCGAACUCUACGAGCUCAACCACGAUGCUAUCGAGCGCCGGAUCCGCGGCGGGCUGUACGUCGAGAUGGCGAGCGAGUGGGAGGGAGGGGAGGAGUUGAGUACCGUGAUUGAGGUGUUGUGGAAGGAGGGUAUCUUGACGAGGGAAGAUCUGUAUGAGGUCGUGCGGCAGAAGAUCAUCCACACGCGCGAGAUGGAGCUCGGAGUGGAACAGGAGGACCUGAAGGGGAAGAAGCGCGCGAGGAUGGAGGAUCAAGCCAUGGAAGCCGCCGAGCGACUUGUCCGCAAGGCCUUCGCGCAAGGCUUUGUCAACAUCGUCACUCCCGGCUCGCAACUCUCGCCCAGCUCGCUCGAAAUCAAGUGGGAGGAAGAGCUUCGUUCGACGAUCAAGGGUAUCCCGACGACCAAGGAGCUGGCGAGGAUAAAGAAGAUGUUGCGCGAGAAGCAGGAAGAAUGGGCGGAGGAGGAGCAAGCUCGUGCGCGCGGCAAGGGCGCCGAAGUCGAGGCUGAGCAGGACGACGACGAGCCGAAGCGCAAGAAGCGGCCGAAGAAAGGCAAGGCUGCGCCAGUGGAUUCAAGCGACGAAGACGAGCUCGAGGACGACGGAUUUGUCGUGAAGAAGCCUGAUCCGCCUCUGCCGGAAGAGGUGUUCUUCAAGAUCAACGAGGAGCGCUUUCAUAUCCGCUGGCGUGCGCAGCUCCUCCGGUCGUACGCCGCCGAGCUGUAUAACUCGCACGUCGCGACCGUUUUCGGCGUCAUCCUCGACAUCGUCAGCACCGAGACUCAGCUGAUGCAUGAGCCCAUCUCUCGCUUCGCCUCGCUGCACGAGAUCAACAAGGUCUUCGACCGCCUGCCCGAGGCGUCCAAGCCCGACCUUUCGCAAACUUUUGCCAAGCACAAGCAAGACUCGUCGUGGCCGCCAAAGCGCGACCGAUCCGGUGACUACAUCCUCGCCGUCUGCGAGGUUCUGUCCGGCCUCGACCAGUGGGGCGUCUCGACGCGCGAGCACUUCCUCGUGCAGCAGGGCGAGGGUAGCCAUGCCAAGUGGGCGGUCGACUGGCGGACGCUCGGCAAGGCGAUGAAGCGGAGCCUGGUCGAGGCGGUCGUGAGGGACAAGCUUGGCGAGCAUGCGAUCCGGUGCUGGAGGAUCUUGGAGGCGAAGGGCAAACUUGACGAGAAGCAUCUCGCCCGCCUCGCCUUCUUGUCUGUCAAGGAGGCUCGCGAGGUCCUCGGCCGCCUCUCGUCGUCCGGCCUCAUCGAGCCGCAAGAAGUCCCUCGGUCCGCCGACCGCGCCCCUUCCCGCACGCUGUACCUCUGGUUCGUCGACUUCAACAAGGUCGUCACGUCGCUCAUUGCGCACCACUACAAGGCACUCGCGAACCUCCAGGCGCAGCGGCAACACCAAGUCAAGGAGCGUCGCGGGCUGGUCGACAAGCGGGAGCGGACGGACGUCCGGGAGAACGAAGCGUUGCUGACAAAGAGGGACCAGGAGGCGAUUGCCGAGCUCGACAAGACGAUGGAGGCGCUUGCGGUCGCGGAGCAGCGACUUGACGAGCAGCUCUUCGUUUUGCGCGAGUUUGAUCCCGACCCUGCCGUGGUGUAG